AGUUCUGAUUACCAAAGAUGGACGAAACUGCCAGUUUUGAAAUCUGGUGAUGACGAUGGCAAUGCCACUCUUUUCGAACUGAGACCAUCAUUAUCCUCAGUCUCACACUAUACACCAAGUGCAUGGAGUGUUUGACUGACAAAUGGUUCAAACUGAGUGAGCCUUUGCUACUAUAUAAGCAACACCCCCUAGAAGGUGAGCAGGGCACACCUUAAUACUUCUUCUUUGUAUUGAUAUUAUCUCUCUCUCACUUUCAGAGCCAAAAAAAAAAAAUGGUGGGAACUGAUCUCAGGCAGCAGCUCAAUAACUAUAUUCAGUCCAUGCGUGAUCAAGGCAUACUGGACAGCCAAUUUCAAAGCGUGCAAGCUUUGAAAACUGAAGAGAAUCCUCACUUUGUCUUGGAAACCAUCACUGGAUUCUGCAAUGAUGCUGACAAUGGCAUUGCACAGAUGACCAGAUAUCUGGAAGGGCCGGUUGUAGACUUUACCAAUUUGACUGGUUUAUCUCACUUUCUAAGGGGAAGUAGCUCAAGCGUUGGUGGUGUUCGGAUGGCCCUUGCUUGUCGUGAUCUCCGACGUGCUAGCGAAGCCAACAACAAACAAGGGUGCAUUGAAGGCAUGGCCAGGCUCAAGCAUGAAUACAACUCUCUGAAGGAAGGUCUCAAUAACAUUUCUCAGAUCGAGAGGCAACUGAUCGGCAAUGCUCAAAGGGGACGCCAGUAGAGAGCUGGCCUGUAUUUGCUCCUGGUGCAUCUAUUGAAGAUCAAAGAGAAGGAGCAUCUACUGAAGAUCAAAGUCUCCGUUUCUAUAUGCUGUCUUUUAAUUCAAUAAAUUGGCUCACUAUAAGUGUGUCUAGUUUCGGCUGUGUGAGAACAGUUCAGUGACUCGUUUUAUUAUCUUUGCAUGUUUGAACAUCAGUAUUGCCCAAUAUCAUUGGGUGUUUUAUCAAAUUUUAAGACUGCUUCCUUGCCAUUCAAAUGGUGAUUGGUGAAUACAUAGGGCUUUUAAGUUUAGAUUAAUGGUUAUUACACA